CGGCGGCGGAGGAAGUUUCCGCUUUGCCUCCACCCCGGUAGCAGCUCCGCGGCCGGGGACAGCUUCCUCCGGGCGCUCCGCGAGCUUUGCUGCCGCCGCACGUCUGUCACAGGACCAUGGGGUUGCCCAAGGGCCCGGAGGGCCAGGGUCUCCCGGAGGUUGAAACAAGAGAAGAUGAAGAACAAAACGUCAAGCUGACUGAAAUUCUGGAGCUUUUGGUUGCAGCUGGAUAUUUCAGGGCACGAAUUAAAGGUUUGUCACCUUUUGACAAGGUAGUAGGAGGGAUGACUUGGUGCAUUACCACUUGCAGCUUUGACGUAGACGUUGAUUUGCUGUUUCAGGAAAACUCUACAAUAGGACAAAAAAUAGCACUAUCCGAAAAAAUCGUCUCAGUCCUGCCAAGGAUGAAGUGUCCACACCAGCUGGAGCCCCACCAGAUCCAGGGCAUGGAUUUUAUUCACAUAUUUCCUGUUGUCCAGUGGCUGGUGAAGCGAGCUAUAGAAACCAAGGAAGAAAUGGGGGACUACAUCCGCUCCUACUCCAUAUCCCAGUUCCAGAAAACCUACAGUCUCCCCGAGGAUGAUGACUUCACAAAGAGAAAAGAAAAGGCCAUCAAGACAGUUGUUGACCUUUCAGAUGUUUACAAGCCCCGUCGGAAAUACAAACGCCAGCAGGGAGCAGAAGAGCUGCUCGAUGAAGAAUCCCGAGUCCAUGCCACACUUUUGGAAUAUGGCAGGAGAUAUGGAUUUAGCCGCCAGAGCAAAACAGAGAAGGCCGAGGACAAGAAGACGGUCCUUCCCACAGGGCUGUCAGCUGCAGAAAAAGCUGAUGCCCGUGAGGAAGAUGAGCUUCAAGCUGCUGAAGAGCAGCGUAUCCAGUCGUUGAUGACCAAGAUGACCGCCAUGGCGAAUGAGGAGAGCCGCCUCACUGCCAGCUCCGUAGGCCAGAUCGUGGGACUCUGCUCCGCCGAGAUCAAGCAGAUCGUGUCCGAGUACGCAGAGAAGCAGUCUGAGCUGUCAGCCGAAGAAAGUCCAGAAAAAUUAGGAACCUCCCAACUUCAUCGUCGCAAAGUCAUCUCCUUGAACAAGCAGAUUCUACAGAAGACCAAACAUCUGGAAGAGCUGCAGGCAAGUCAUAACGGCCUACAAGCCAGAUACGAUGAAACAAAGCAAACUCUGACAGAGCUGAAGCGUCACAGUGAGAAACUGGACAAAGAGCAGGCAGCCCUGGAGAAGAUAGAAUCCAAAGCAGACCCCAGUCUCCUGCAGAACUUGAGAGCACUUGUAGCCAUGAAUGAAAAUCUGAAAAGUCAGGAACAAGAGUUUAAAGCACAUUGUCGAGAAGAGAUGACACGGCUGCAGCAGGAAAUUGAAAACCUGAAAGCUGAGAGAGUGCCGGGCGGAGAUGAAAAGAGCCUAUCUGCUGGAGAGCCACGUGGUGCCCUAACCCCCAUGAUGACUCCUAGUGAAGACCUGGACAGACGAUAUAACAUGGAGAAAGAGAAACUUUACAAGAUCCGUUUGCUACAGGCUCGAAGAAAUCGAGAAAUAGCAAUUUUGCACCGCAAGAUUGAUGAAGUCCCCAGCCGAGCUGAGUUAAUACAGUAUCAGAAGAGAUUCAUUGAACUCUACCGUCAGAUUUCAGCAGUGCACAAAGAAACCAAGCAGUUCUUCACUUUGUAUAAUACCCUGGAUGAUAAAAAGGUGUAUUUGGAAAAAGAGAUCAGCCUGCUGAACUCAAUUCAUGAGAACUUCUCACAAGCCAUGGCCUCCCCUACUGCCCGGGACCAGUUUUUACGUCAGAUGGAACAGAUCGUAGAAGGAAUUAAGCAGAGCAGAAUGAAGAUGGAAAAGAAGAAGCAAGAGAACAAGAUGCGAAGAGACCAGUUGAACGACCAGUACUUGGAACUGUUAGAAAAGCAGAGGCUGUACUUUAAGACUGUGAAGGAGUUCAAGGAGGAGGGCCGCAAGAAUGAGGUGCUGCUGUCCAAGAUGAGAGCCAAGGCCUCCUGAAGAUUCCCAGACAUCACCGUAUGUCGUCGAUAUUUUUUUAACGCCAUUUAUCAACUGCAAGAUGGUGAAGAUAGUUCUGGGCACUACAGUAGAGAGUUGCAGGGGCCAUGAUCGCAGCACCAGGAUAUUUUCUUUCUCCCAUUUGCUUCCAUUUCAUCUCUCUGUUGUUGACGGAAUCAGAUGGUGCAGACGCGGUGGCUUGGAGAACCCCCGUCAUCCUAUGAAGAAAUGCGGGCAGUAUCUGUUCUGUGUCGGGUCAGCUUGAAUUUCUCCAGUAACAUUGCACAUACGAAGGUACCUGUAUCUGUGUGGACUCUGAAUAAAAAGGAAUUUACUUGUUCAGCAGAUGUUAAUUGAGCAACCAUUGAGGAAGUAGGCACUGAGGGAGACAGAAGUAUAAAAUCCAGGCCCUGUGCCUUGGGCAGCCAGCAAGUGGCCCAGGGAGCAGAAACAGCCCAUUUGACCCAGAGCUCAGCUCAGUCACCUGAAGUUUUUUGGUUCUUUUUUUUUUUUAGUAAGCGAAGGCUUUUAGCUGAAUGACCAGCCCACGUGAGUAUGGUCAUGUGGGCCCUUUGCUUACCCUUGGUGCCUUUUGUUCUGGCUCCUCGAGGUGCCAGCCAGCAGUCUUAAUGGUGUAGUCGCAAGAAUGAAAGCUCAGUGGCUGAAUUCUUACACAUGACUCGAGUUUAUUUCACCAAAAAUUGAAAACAGGGGCCUCAUAUUGAGGACCCCGUAAACAAGAAGGACACCUUAAUAUGCCCUGUUUCUCACGUGAGUCCCAGCCAGACGUGGUGCCCCCCCUCUUCAUUAGGCACACAUGCCAGGAGCUCCAUGUCUGGACAGGUCCUGGGCCAAGCACAGAGAUGAGACACCAUCCACUGGGCUCUGGGCAUUGUGCGAUAAAUGCUGUGAGCAAAAAGCAGAGGGCAUCGGAGGAGGAAGAACAGUGAGGCGCACAGAGAUCCAGGAGACUUCAUGGGGGAGGUAGUACUGGGACUAGAGCAGAACGGGGAGUUGCAUUUUAACAGGCGGAGAUAGGUGGGAAGGCCUUUGGAUAAAUAUGACUGUAAUUAGCAACUUGAAAGGGUGCAGGGAGAGUACAAGCGUGCUUGUUGGGCAAGGAGUGGAGGGGCCUGUCUGCAGGAAAGGCCGGCUGGGACCAGCCUUCAGGACCAGGGGAGGCGGGGGCUUGAAGGCAGGCAGAGCAGUAGACUCUGUCCUCCAGAAAUGAGCAGUCAGGACCAGAUGGGAAGCCCCUCCUUUUGUGGCUGUCAGGGAUCCGGCAGCCCGGCCGUGUCCAGUGAACCCUGGCACGAGGUGGGCAUUUCAUUCUGCGUGCUUGCACGCAUGCUAGUCAGCGGGCUCGAACGUGACACAUAGAAGCUUAUACAGGGAGGCAGCUGGGGCGUUCAGUGCAGUCACAGGAACAGCACAUCCAUUCUUAGUUCUCUGAGAUGUGCAGUAAGCAAAUCUGAUGUGCACAGACCUUUAAAAAUCCCUUGCUGGAUUAGCAGCAGGCGCUGGUUUCUGUGGUUGGGCAGCAAGGCCUGUCCGGGUCCCAGAGCUGUGGAAGCAGCAGCGCCCGAGGUGGUGCUCCCCUGUGCCGAGUGUGCCCUUCCUGGGCCCUGUACGUCUCCCCUCAGUGGCUCCACGGGGCUGCUGCCAGCUGCAGGUUGAUUUUUGAGACGGCCCCAUGAAGUUGAAGCCGGCGACAGCCAGAAAGCAGGUGGCCCUCUGAGGGCUGGGGAGGGGGCAGCUGUUUGCCAAUUAUUUCAGGUUUGGGGAAACAUCUGUGUUUUUGUGUUGAGAAGCUCAUGGACCCACUCCCUAGCCUUGUUUUGAGCCGUUAUGAAAUUGUCUUAUUUGUCCAGAGGUGGUAGGGAGGAGAGUGGGUUGUAUUCUGGGGUUCGGUAGCCCACCUCUGCUAUCAGGGCAAAUACGGCAUGACUAAUCCAAAGUCACUAAUUAAUAACCAUUUAUAACCAUUAAUAACCAUUAAUAACCAUUUUAUUGGGCUGUGUUUCCAAAGAAUUUCAUUUUGAUUUGGUUUUGCUAUAGGGAGGUAUCAGAUUUCCUUUCCCCUUUUAACCCACAAGGCCUAAUACAGACAAGUUCAUUCCCAUUCCUUGGACACAUCUUGAUUAGACUGCAGGAGCCAGAUUAGAAAAGUCUGUGUUUGCUACAGGUGACCCACAGAGUGGAUGGUGUCUUUGUGAGGAAUUAGGACCGUAAGCACGCCUUACAGUCAGGCCUUAGAGGCCGAUGUGAUGCCCUAAGGCCCCGUUCAUUUCAGAAGCCCCUCAGGAGAGUUCCUUCCGGACAUCUUGUGAACCCAGAGUAUGACUGGGCAUUGGGCUAAGCCCACAGACUUUUCUGGAGUUUAAAAAAAAAAAAAAGGCAGCAGGAAACAUGCUUAAGUUACUUUUAUGAAAUGUGUGCUUCUGGAGGAAUGAGGCUUCCCCAGGGAGCAUUCUGUUGCCCCUGUUCAGUCAGAGCCAUAAGCUUGCUGUCCAGGUACCCUGGCAUUCUCCGCCAGCCUCAGGUGGAGCGCCGUCCUCCCUGACACACAGACGUCUCGUGGAGUACAUGGGCUGCCUUGGUAUAAACUGAAGUCAGAGCUGCUGAGCAGUACAAACCAGAGGGCCACGAGGUAUAUGGGGAGACAUUGAGACAUGUUCCUUAUCGUCCUCUGCCUGGGUUUGGUCUCAUGGGUCCCUGGGGUCAGCUCAUUGCGCUAGAGGGAGGUGUCCAAUGUUUGAGAAAGCUGCCAAAGUGACAUGUCGGGGUCU